AUGAUCAAUCUGGCAAUCAGACGCUCGGUUCUUCCUGGUCGCCAAUUGUUGACUGGAUCUUGGCCUAGGACGAGAAGCGGUGUCCACCCCAGGACAUGCAGCUUUCGCACCCUCUUGUCAUCGACUGCCGACGACAAUUCCAGUAGUACCAGUAAUAGUAGUGGCAACAAGAGACUGGAAUACCAGCAUGCCUUUCACGCUGGAAAUUUUGCCGAUGUCUUUAAGCAUGUCAUGCUGGUGAUGUUGCUGCAACGCAUGAUAUUACCAAAGAACAAAUCCAUGAGCUAUGUGGAAACACACGCGGGAGCUGGCCUGUACGAAUUGGCGGAUACUAGUAGUACCGACUACGAAAAGGAACACCAACGAGGUGUGUGGCAAUUGCUUGACCUGAUUCAUCAAAAGGAUCCAGGAGACUUGCCAGAAUCUGUGGUCACCUACUUGGACAUUGUGAGAUCCUUUCAGGUGCCACAGAAAGAGGAUGCACCAACUCGACUCAUCUAUCCGGGAUCUCCCCUAUUUGCGGCUUCCUUGCUGGCAAAACAACAAUCACCACAAACUAGUACUAUCCAACAUUCCAUGCAUCUCUACGAAAAGUUUCCCGCUCCACUGGAUCUCUUACGGCAUCAUUUGGACGAAUAUCUGGCUGCUACCAGCAAUUCCAAUUCCAUUGACACCUUUCUGCACUGCGACGAUGGAUACAAGGGUUUGACCAAAUACGCACAAUCCACUUCCUCCUUGCCACCCCGAGCCUUGAUUCUGCUGGAUCCGCCAUAUCAGUACGGAUCCGAUACCGAUCAAAUCGUCGCUACAUGCCGUGCUCUACGGCAACAUUGGCGAUCGGCACGCAUUGUCAUUUGGCAUCCCGUGCGACCGGAUCAUGCCGACAAGUUGGAACGACUCUACCGUAUGCUUGGCGCAGAAAAUGAUGAUGAAAUCUUGGCCGUCGAAGUGUACGCUCCAUCCUCGUCCGAUGAUGAUCGAAAACCCGACGUGGGCACGGGUAUGAUCAUGAUUCAACCGCCGUACGGCAUGGACACCGAAUGUCAGCAGGUACUGCCGACCUUGUGGAAGAUGCUGCAUCCUUCCUCAGACGCACAGCAUGCCAUUCAAAUCAGGUGGUUAUGA